UUCUUUUAUAAUAAAUACCUACUUUUUAUACAUAGCGUAGAUGCAUAUUGUGCAACUUACUGCAACUGUGAUUCGGUUAACACUUAACAGUUAACUGUAAUUUUUUUUUUAAAAAUUUAAAUUAUUAUUAGUCAACGACGUUGAUUUUUUAUCCAUACCUAUAUUCGAUUUUAAUACAUUUCAACCGAGUGUUUCGUUGCUUAUUUAACAUUUGUGCAUAUCGGUUGUUGUCGCACACACACACACGGUAAUACUUUUAAAACUUCUGCAAAUUAUUAUUUAAAAUAAAAUGAAUUCGCCCACCAACGACACCGCCACUAGCCCUAGCUUGAUCGGAAACUUCAGAUACGCCGGUAAACCUUCGUUCAGUCACGAAGCAGCCGCGUCGAGUUCAAACGCGUUAGAAGACUCGUUAGAAGAAAGUCCAUUUAAAGUUGUUAAAAAACAGAGGAUGGCAACCAUAAUUAUAUCGUCUGAUGAAGAGAGCGAUGUCAAGCCGACUAUGAAUGGAGAUGCCUCUCAUGUUGCUGAUGAAAUUGAAUCUAAAGGAAUUAUUGCAGCGUAUUCUAUAUCAGAGGAUGACAUUAAUAGAGUUAAGUCGAAAGGAUUAAACGGUGUCACUAUCGGUGAAAACGAAUGUAAAAUAAAAUGUGUGAAAAGCCUGAAUCCUCGGGUGGUCCAUGAACUAGACGAUAAACCGGACGAUGUACUUUCCAAGGUGGUCUUAAUGGGUUCGAAGAGUUUGGCCGCAAAACCGCUAGUGACCAACGUUAAUUCACCAGCGACCAACUCUAAACCUCUGGUUGAAAUGCCUUCAAGGAAACGAAUUAAACUCCAAAACAAAAAAAGUAGAAAACGUAUUAGGACUAACGACGGUGAUAACAGUGACUCGGACGGUGGAAUUGACGAUGAAUUUGAAGAGUAUAAAGACGAACAAAAUUUGGUCAAAGACAGCAGUACUGAAAUUAGAGAGCGAGCUUUGGAACUAUUAAACAAUGCCACCGAAGUUGAGAUGAGGAUUGUAAAAGGCAUGACCACCAGAAAGUUUGAAGCUCUCGUAGCAUUGAGACCGUUCGCAAACUGGUUCGACGCGAAAUCUAAAGUGAACAACUCAAAAGUACUUGGAGACCAAGCGUUGCAAAACGUUAUGCACGUGGUUAACUGUCAAGAAAUCGUUACUCAGCUGAUGAAAAAAUGUGAAAAACUGUCCUUGAAAAAUGGCCACUCUAUUACCACCAGCAACAUGUUGAUCAAAACGCAACCGGCGAGUUUAAAUAAGGAUUUGCAGUUGGCCGGCUAUCAAAUGAUUGGUCUCAACUGGCUCAUGUUGAUGAACUCUCAAAAGCUCAACAUGAUGUUGGCUGACGAAAUGGGUUUGGGUAAAACCGUUCAAAUCAUUGCUUUUUUGGCGCAUCUCAAAGAAACCGGUCGCACUCAUCCUGAACUGCCUCAAUUGAUCGUAGUGCCCGCAUCUACUUUAGAUAAUUGGUAUCAAGAAUUUGAAAGAUGGUGUCCUUCUUUAAAAGUGGAAAAGUAUCACGGAUCGAUGGACGAAAGGAGAUAUUUAAGAAGCGAAUGGAUCAAAUAUGGAUUUGGCGAUAUUGACGUGAUACUAACUACUUAUAGUUGUGCGGCUAAUUCCAACGAGGAGAAAAAAAUGUUUAGGACUAAAGAAUUUCAUUACAUUAUUUACGACGAGGCGCACAAAUUAAAAAACAUGACUUCACAGACUUUUGAAAUUUUUUCCAAUUUUAAUGGAAACUAUAAAAUCCUAUUGACGGGUACGCCGUUACAAAAUAAUCUGCUCGAGUUGAUGUCGUUGCUGAUAUUUCUCAUGCCAAAACUAUUCCGCGGCAAAGUGGAAAACAUUAAAUUUCUUUUUUCCAAAGGCGCUAAAAAUACCAGUUCCAAGUGCGAAAUGCACCGUAUCGAACAGGCCAAACGUAUUAUCGAACCAUUCAUGUUGAGACGUUUGAAAGCCGACGUACUGAAAUCAUUGCCGGUGAAAACGAUAGUCGUAAACGAAGUGAGUAUGUCCGAACAUCAACUGACUCGUUACUCUACGUUGGCCGAGGAAAUAAAAGAAGAGUCCAGAGAGAAGAGCACUUCCGAAAACAAUCACAUGAUGUGGGUGAUGAUGUUGAGAAAGCUAACCAACCACCCGCUUUUGUUGCGUUACCAUUUCGAGGACGAAAAACUAUACAAAAUGGCCAAACUGUUAGCGACGGAUCCGACUUACAAACAGAAGAACGAACAAUACAUUGCCGAAGAUUUGUCGUUUAUGUCGGACUUCGAUUUGCACAAAAUGUGUGGAGACUACAAGUGCCUGAGCAAAUUGAAGUACGAUCUUCCGAUCGAAAUGUUUUUGGACUCGGGCAAAUUCAAACAGCUCGACCAAAUAUUACCCGAUCUCAAAGACAGAGGUCACCGUGUGUUGAUUUUCAGUCAGUUCCUAACAGUAUUAGAUCUAUUAGAAAUCUACAUGUCGCAUUCCGGCCACUCCUAUUUAAGAUUAGACGGGUCGACUCAAGUCCAAGAAAGGCAAUUGAUGAUCGAUUUGUACAACAUGGACGAAAGCGUAUUUGCGUUUUUGCUGUCCACCAAAGCUGGCGGUUUGGGCAUCAAUUUAACGUCGGCCGACACGGUGAUCUUUCACGACAUAGACUACAAUCCAUACAACGACAAGCAAGCUGAGGAUCGUUGUCACAGAGUCGGACAAACCAAGCCAGUCAAUAUAAUUAAAUUCAUAAGCAAGGAUUCGAUUGAACAGUCAAUGUUCAAAGUCGCGCAAGAAAAACUAAACCUCGAACAACAAGUCACUGGCGGAGGAAACGAAGACGAAGAAGCCGACAAGUUAACUAUGGCUGAACUACUCAAGCAAUCUCUGGGCUUAGAGGACGCAUCGUGAUACGAUGACAGUUAUAAUUGUAUAUUUUAAUAUAUUAUAUUAUGAACAUUGUAAAUUUGUCAUCAACCGUUCCUCCUCUCACAUGGCCGUAAAUUGUAUACAUUUUUCUUUUUUUUUAUUAUAUUGUAGUUUUUACUACUGUUGAAGUAAAAAUUUGUAUAUUUUUAAAUACGAGUACUUAGGUAAAACUUGUUAAAAAUCAUUAAUUGUUCUUAACUUUUUAAAUUUUAAUGUGACUGUGUUAUUAUAAAUUUUAAGUUUUCUUAAAUACUCAAAACUGUUUUUUUUUUAAUACGAAAUAAAACCGUUGGUAAAUUGGUAAUCUUUUUUCUUGUAU